CUGACACUCCCCUCAGUGUGAAUCUGUCAGGGCAGGAGUGUGCGUGUACUUUUUUGGGAGCAGUGGGCAGAUCUUCUCCAGAAGUUCCAGAACGGGGGGAGAAAGAGGAGACCCCUGCAAACUCUGUGAUUUGCCCAAACAAACAGCCGGAGUCAGAGCGGUACCUCCUGCGGCCGGCUGCAGGACAGUAGAGAUUAACCUCAGCCUCUGAACAUCUGAGGGAUCUGUACAUCUGAAGCGGCGGCCCCUGUGGAGACCAGCGCUUGGACAUCGCUCCUCUGAUUUCACAGGGAGAGCAACUCCUGGACAGCAGCCUCCUUGGACAGAGAGUGGAGAAUCUUCUGUUCUGUUUCCUCUGAAGGAUUUAGGAUCUGAAGAAACCAAACAUGAGGAGAAUGGCAGUGUUCAAGCUCUGUCUGACAGUGACUGCUCUUCUGUGUCUCCUCACUGGGGCGACGUGCCUGAAGAUCAUCCCUGAUGACAGGGAGCUGGUCCUGGUGCAGGGAUCCACCCUCACCCUCACCUGCUCAGGCUUAGGUGAGACACGUUGGGAGUUCAAGAAGGACGAUGUGCCGAAUUUCCAGGUGGAUCAAGAGCAAAAGGUCGGCAAGUGGUACGAAGUCGUACAAAACGGCAACAAAUCCAGUGAUCUGACCUUGUUAAACGUGAGCUGGCAGCACACGGGAGUGUAUCUGUGUACGGACCAAGUCUCCGGAGAAUCGAAGGAGGUGACCGUGUUUGUCCCAGACCCUAAAGUGUGGUUCACAAAGCGUGCUCAUGGUAUGGUGACGAGGACCAGUGAGGAGAGCAUCAUCCCCUGUAUGGUCACCAACCCAAAAAUCAAGGUCACGCUGUACGAGAGUGGCAGUGACAUGCCCAUUAGUGGGCAGUAUAACCCCACCGAGGGGGUGAGGGCCGCUGUGGAGGACAGGACCUACCAGUGCCGCGGAGAGUUGAAUGGAGAGGUGAAAGAGUCGCAGGAAUUCUACGUCUUCGCGAUUACUGUCCCCGAGGCCCUGGACGCCUACAUCAAUGUGUCAAAGACCAUCCUGAAACAAGGCGAAGCGCUGACAGUGAACUGCACAGUGCAGGGAGUAGAGCUGGUGCUUUUCUCAUGGGAGACCCCUAACCACGAAGUGGAGCCAGAGACAGACAUGCUGUCCGCUACCAGCAUGCGUUCCUAUUUGAUCUUCCCUCGCGCCACAGUGGCCCACAGUGGAAAGUACGUCUGCCGAGUGGACGAGAACGUCAAGGGUCUGUCUGCUUCUGCCAGCAUCAACAUCACCGUUCUCGAGCGAGGUUUCGUCGAUGCAAAACCUGCACAGCAACAAGACAUUUCAGCCAAUUUGCAAGAGAACGUGGAGCUGAGGGUGGAAAUCACAGCCUACCCUCCCCCUCUGGUGUACUGGAGAAAAGAUGGUGCCCCCAUCAAAGGAGAUAAAACCAUCACAUUCAGACAAGAGCAGGAGAUCAGGUAUGUUACUAUUCUGACCUUAGUGAGGGUGAGGACAGAGCAGAUGGGUCGUUACACUGUCUUCAUCACCAAUGAAGAUGAUUCCAAGGAAGUGACCUUUGACCUGAAGGUCAGAGUUCCCUCACAGAUCAAAGACCUGACUGACCACCACCUCCCAGGGGACAGACACUUGGUGACCUGUGUAGCAGAGGGAGCCCCGGUCCCCACCAUACAGUGGUUCAGCUGUGACAGCAUGCUCAAGUGUAACAACCGGACGGCGGUGUGGAAGUCACUCGUCCCACAGCCGGACGAGCUGACCAUCCAGACCAACGUCAGCUACAACAACACAAGGAAAACCAGUCAGAUCCGCAGCCAGGUGACCUUCAACAAACCCCAGCAGGUCACGGUUCGCUGCGAGACCACCAACCAGGCAGGACAUGUGGACAGGCGGGACAUUAAGCUGGUGUCCAACACUCUUUUCUCCCAGGUGGCAGUGUUGGCUGCUGUUCUGGCCUUGGUCGUGAUCGUCAUCUUGUUCUUUAUCAUCCUGAUUGCUGUCUGGAGGAAGAAACCACGCUACGAGAUCAGAUGGAAGGUGAUUGAGUCUGUGAGUCAGGACGGUCAUGAGUACAUCUACGUGGAUCCCAUCCAUCUGCCUUAUGACCUGGCCUGGGAGAUGCCCCGUGAUAACCUGGUGCUGGGUCGCACUCUUGGAUCAGGAGCCUUUGGCAGGGUGGUCGAGGCAACAGCGUACGGUCUCACUCAUUUGCAGUCCAGUACAAAGGUGGCAGUGAAAAUGCUGAAGUCCACAGCCAGGAGGAGCGAGACCCAGGCCCUGAUGUCAGAGCUGAAGAUCAUGAGUCACCUCGGACCUCACCUCAACAUCGUCAACUUGCUCGGAGCCUGUACUAAACAUGGCCCUCUGUACCUGGUGACUGAGUACUGUCGCUACGGUGACCUGGUGGACUACCUGCACAGAAACAAGCACACCUUUCUGCAAUAUUACGCCGAGAAGAACCACGAUGACAGCUGCUUCAUCUCAGGAGGAAGCACUCCUGUCAGCCAGCGGAAAGGCUACGUGUCAUCAGGCAGUGAGAGCGAUGGUGGAUACAUGGACAUGACUAAGGAUGAGCCCUCAGUCUAUGUGCCCAUGCAGGAGCAGAUUGACACCAUCAAGUACGCAGACAUCCAACCUUCCCCGUACGAGUCGUCCUACCAGCAGGACAUUUACCAGGAACAAGGUGGCAACAGGUUUGACCUGGUUCUCGGUGAUUCUCCUAUUUUAACCUUUGAUGAUCUUCUGGGCUUCAGCUACCAAGUCGCUAAAGGGAUGGAGUUUCUGGCAUCCAAGAAUUGCGUGCACCGUGACCUCGCUGCCAGAAAUGUCUUAAUCUGUGAGGGCAAACUUGUAAAGAUCUGUGACUUCGGCCUGGCCAGAGACAUCAUGCAUGACUCCAACUACAUCUCCAAAGGCAGCACCUUCCUGCCCCUGAAGUGGAUGGCACCAGAGAGUAUUUUCCAUAACCUCUACACCACCCUGAGUGAUGUGUGGUCCUACGGCAUUCUUCUGUGGGAGAUCUUCACCCUGGGAGGAACACCGUACCCUGAUUUACCCAUGAAUGAGUUGUUCUACAGUGCUCUGAAGAGAGGGUACCGAAUGGCCAAACCUGCCCACGCCUCUGAUGAAGUCUAUGAUAUCAUGAGGAAGUGUUGGGAUGAGAAGUUUGAGAAGAGGCCCGACUUCUCCUUUCUGGUGCACAGUGUUGGGAACAUGCUGACGGACAGCUAUAAAAAGAGAUAUCACCAAGUCCAUGAGAACUUCCUGAAGAGCGACCAUCCUGCCGUCACCCGUACCAAACCCCGACUCUCAUCACCUUUUCCGAUCAACACUUCCUCAUCCAGUGCUCCCUCUCUUGCCGCCCUGUCCUUCCCUCCGACCCCACACAACCAGACCCUGAGCUCCGGAAACUUCCGACCUCAGGACGACACACAGGAGGUCAUAACUUCGUACAACGAAUACAUCAUUCCCAUCCCUGAUCCUAAACCAGAGGACGUCUUCACUGACAUACCGUCGGAGAGCCCCACCAGCUCUGUGGCUCUGGAGGAGGAGGAGGUGGAGGAGGAGAGCGAGGCCAUGUCCCAGGACACGGCGGACACUCUUCCAGAGGAGGAGGAGGACACCAGCGAGAGGGACGCUCUGCUGGGUUCGUCAGGAACGCCGGACGUAGAGGACAGCUUCCUGUAGCCACGUGUUGGAGCCCAGAGAAAAUGGAGCUUUAGGUGGAAUUGAAAAAAAAAAGAGGAAGAGAAAAAAAAACCUGGCUGAAGAAGGGAACGUGACUCAAGUAGAAUGUAGCAAAUGAUAGAUUUCCUUGUAUCUCUGGGGUUCCUCGGAGAACUCAGUUAAUCCACUCUCGUUUUUUUAUGAUACACUUAAUACCUCUGGGACUACGAAUGCUUACCAAUAAUGAGCGUCAAUCUACAGUAGUAUAAAUCUGGUACUCUUCUGAUACUGACGUACAAUCAGUACACGUGUAUUUCAUCCAGUUACUAGAAACCUGUGAGGCCUUGAGAGACACGUGCUGCGUCAUGUAAAAACAUUUUAGUCGCAUUAUUUUCUCACUUGAUUUUAUUUUCUUCAGUGUACAUUUCAGAUUAAGCAGAUUAACAAAGGGAGAUGAUAAAGUACAGUUGGGAAACACUACACAACCACGAUUAAGUCAAGAAACGUCAGAUUAUGUCUUAUUACUACAUACGACAUUUUAAUCGUAGCACAUGAAAUAUGCACAUGCACUAUUUUUUACGUAGAAGAUUAACCUUUUGUUUUAGUACGACAUGCGAAAGAGCCAGAUUUUUCUCUGUUUUUUGUUUUGUUUUUGACUUUUUUGGGAUUACAUGAAGUGUAUAUUUCAUCGGUGAAUUUUAGAUCUCUCUCUUCUCGACUCUGAUGCUUCUGAUGCUUGUUCUGUGUCGCCUCGAUUCAGAUUGUUUGUGCCACAUUUGCACUUUACCCAGAGAAAAUGUGGUUCUUUAUUACAAAGGAGGGAGAAUUUACAGCACAAAGAGGGUUUUUAGCCCUCGACUCGGCUUUUUUGAAGUGAGAAUGAUAAAUACAGCACAUCACUGCCUUAGCACAAGACGGCACAGAUGAAUGCCUUUUUGUGAAGACUGAGAAACUUGUACUGUAGUGAAUGAGUUGAAGUAACAAUAUGUCUGUUUGUAAAAAAAAAAGAAAAAUGAGAGAGAUGCUUUUUUUUUCUUCUUCUGUUGCAUUUUAACCGUCACUCACACAAAGUCUACUUUAAUCACACACUCCACUGUUGUUUUGUCCUGUAGCCUUUUGUAACACCGUUUAGAAUGCACAACAAUCACAGUGUCACAAGCUAUGGUACCAAAGAUCUUCUUAACGUUUACAAAUGUAUUUUUCUAUGUUGUACAUGUGAAAUAAAUGUAUAUUAUCCAGA